AAAAAGGUCCAAGAAAGGUGCUAGAAGCUGGAGCCUGCUUUGGCCUUUCAGCUUGCUACUGGGGUGCUCCACUUUGAUGCAGGGCGUUUCGGCCGCAGGCGCAGGAGACGUUGGUGGUUGCGUUUUGGAUUGCAUCUGUAUUAUGGAAAGACGUAAUUUUUGUUACUCAUCAAUAGUUGUGGAAACACUAGUUUGCUGAAUAAAGAACCUCCCAGGUUGUAGCAGAAAACAAUCAACACAUCGUAGUUCGAAGAUAUAAGUACAAAAUUAAGCGAGUACGUAACUCAUUGAUAACAUCCUAGAGAAGCUCUCUAGGUCGUAUAAUCAAGAUGGAAAAGCAAGGGGAACGGAAGCAUUCCUGUUGUAGCGACAUUCCCAAUAUGUCCUCGCGAAGAGUACUAGAGAACUCCCUUCAGAGAUAAACUCUAAUUCUUAUUUCUGCGUGCCCUGCUGCUGCGACUUGUUGCUCAACGGGGGAGGCCAUGCAGGUGAGCAAGCGGGUGCACGCGAAGUUCGACUCCCUCCUACUGUCGCGCCCGAAGGUCAACAACGAGAACAACCUGAAAAUCGCACCAAUACUGUUCUUCGACCCGAGCAAGAAGUGAUGCGGAUGGGUGGUCCUGAGGAACCUCACACCGCCCCGGAGCAGCGCCCGGAGAUGGAAGCGGGCCUUCCUCAAGGACGAACCAGGCUUCGUCCUGCACAGAAUGCGGACCAGCCGCUCGCGGAUCAAAUGGAGGAAUUGCGUGAACGGGUUCGAUGUCUAGAUCGACAACUAGCCGCACAUCCUCCACAAGGAGAAGGAGCGCAGGCGAGAGGGG